AUGUACCCAAGUGUUUUAUUUAUUUUACGUGGUACGGUAUUUAAGUCCGAUACUAAACUUCGGUAUGCAAAGCCGAUUUUCGGCAUCAACUCCAAGCUUUAUAGCAAUGCUGCCAACACGACAAAUAUUUCUGUUGCGAGCCCUGCGACGGUGAAAUCGGCGCCACUCAGCGACCUUCUGGGGCGACGUCAUGAUUAUUUACGCAUAUCACUUACGGAGCGGUGUAAUUUACGAUGUCAGUACUGUAUGCCGGCCGAAGGUGUGCCUCUGACGCCUCGCUCAAAGCUAUUAACACGAGAUGAACUACUACGACUCGUAAAUGUGUUUGCCGGUCUCGGUGUACACAAGCUACGGCUUACCGGUGGGGAGCCUACAUUGCGAUCCGAUUUGGCCGAAAUCAUCCAGGAGCUAAGCAGUGUGCAGGGUAUUCGGACUGUUUCCAUGACCACCAAUGGAUUGGUACUGACGCGGCGGCUGCCUGCGCUUCAACGUGCGGGGCUCGCGGCAAUCAACGUAUCUCUAGACUCCCUGCGGGCCGAACGCUACGAGAAAAUGGCGCGCCGACCGGGACUGCCUAAAGUGCUCGCCGGCAUCGACCUGGCGCUCCAACUGGGAUAUCGCCCCGUUAAAGUGAACACUGUGCUAAUGCGAGGAUUCAACGACGAUGAGAUAUGCGACUUCGUCGAGUUCACGCGCGACCGCGAGGUGGAAGUGAGGUUCAUCGAGUUUAUGCCUUUCUCGGGCAACCGUUGGGACGAUUCAGUGAUGGUGCCACACGAUGAGGCUCUGCAAGCGGUUCGCAAGCGCUACCCGCGCCUUGCACCCGCCAAGCUGCGAAAAUGUGACACCGCUAUGGUGUGGCAAGUUGAAGGUCAUUUGGGAAGCGUCGGCUUCAUAUCGUCGAUGACUCGCCCCUUCUGCUCGACCUGUAACCGUUUACGUCUCACUGCGGACGGCAACCUUAAGGUAUGCCUGUUUGGUUCAUCGGAGGUGUCUCUAGCGGCCGCGAUUCGAGAGGGCGCGGUUGACUCCGAGCUGAGGACUUUGGUUCGAGCCGCGCUUCGCAACAAGAAGCCGCAGCACGCUGGAUACCGCAACAGCUUCUGCUAUACAGGUACUGUACAGGCAAGUACAUGGGGGGAAGUACUGAACUUCCCCCCGGGUGUUGUAGAUGUGCUGUACAGGCUGGGCAGUGGUCUAGUGAAGAAUUCAUCAUCUUCGUCAUUAGGUCUCAGCGUCCUUCGUUUGCGUCACGGUACUCUCCGCGCUAUAGAACGUGGUCUGACAUUUUAUAGGCAUGCAGAAUCUCGCGCGCAUGGAGAAUCGGCCAAUGAUACUGAUAGGGGGCUAGCGGGUGGGCGGCCCUUUGAUGUGGAGAGAUGUGGAACGUUCACAGCGCGCGGACCGCGGGCGGGCGUGCGGGCGGCCAAGUGGGGCGUCGCUUCCGCCGGCGGUGCAUCGUACCGCACGCCCCUUCCACCCACUGGCGGGGCGACGCCCCUCGCGCACCUGGCGUUCGGCGGCGGUGCAUCGUACCUCGCGCGGCCGGACGCCCGCCCCCUCUGCACCGGCCCCGACGGCGGCGCGCCGGCCCUGACGCACCUGGACGCGAACGGGCGCGCGCGGAUGGUGGACGUGGGCGGUAAGGCGACGAGCGAGCGCAGCGCCGAGGCGGAGUGCUUCGUUCGCAUGUCGGCGCGGCUGCUGCGGCUGCUGAGGGACGCGCGGCUGCCGAAGGGCGACGCGCUCACCGUGGCGCAGGUGGCGGGCGCGCUGGCCGCCAAGCGAACGGCCGAGCUGAUCCCGCUGUGCCACUCGCUGCCGCUGGAGGUCGCGCGGGUGCGCGUGCGCCUGCCGAGGGGCGAGUGCGCGCACGGCGGCGCCGCCCGCGUCAGCUGCGAGGUGAGGGCCACGGCGCGCACCGGCGUGGAGAUGGAGGCGCUCACCGGCGCCGCGCUCGCCGCGCUGGCCCUCUACGACAUGUGCAAGUCCGUCGACCGCCACAUGACGGUGACGGACUUGCGCGUCGUGCGGAAGUCGGGCGGCGCGCACGACUUCGACUCGACGCAGACGCCGACGGCGGCCGAGCCGGAGGCCGCGCCCCGCCUGCGCGCCCACGACACCUCGCCCCUCAAGUCCGACGAGACGUACGUGCCGACGAACCUGAGCCACUUC